AUGUGCUUCAGCCCACAAAAAGAUCUCAUCGCUCUUGGCUCAAAAACAGGUGACGUUAUGGUCAAAAGAACGUCGUGGAAAAUGAUUUGGAAGACAAACGUGAGCAUGGUUCCCGCUGUAGGAACAGAAUGCAAAACGGACAGUCCAGUCACAGCAAUGCAUUUCUCUCCAGAUGGGCGGUUUAUUGCUGCAGCAACAAAUAAGGGAAUUUUACAUCUCCUGGAUGUUGAAACUGGAAAGAUUCGAUAUUCUGUCAAAGCUUCCUCUGAUAGUAUUGUAAAACUACAGUGGGAUCGUGUUCGAGAUAAGUCAUUUGCCAAUCACAAAGAAGAAAAAGUGGAAGCAGAAGAAUCUCAGACGAAAGAGAAAUAUCAUGAUACAGUGGAAGCAGCUGUUCGAGUGGCUCAAUCAAUUCCUGAUAUCACUCGAGAGGAGAUUGGAUUUGUAUAUCAACGUUUGGAUGAGGAUGGGUCUGCUUUCAAACACGAUGAUACCCAGAAAGAAAAUCUGGAACGAACGUACAUCUCGGAAGAAGUAUUCUAUGAAUCUCUUCGUGAUACUAUUUUACUCGUCACACUCGAUUCAUUCGUUCCGAAAAUUGUUGUUCUUAUUGCCGGUGUACUUCCUUUUAUGGAAAUCGAUGUGGAGAGUGUGAUCAGAGAAUUCCAACAAGAAUGUGUUAUUGGUUAUGACUCCGCCCACUAUAGUUCAGCAUUCAAUGGAAUUUCAUUCAUUGUCACUACUAUGGGACCGUAUUUGGAUUGUAAGCAUAAGAAACAAGAGCCACCUAUCAUUGAUCCAAACCGUCCGGGACAAACAGUACAAACUCUUAUGUUCACUGUAAAAUUGGAUCUUGAACCAUCACUUUGGGAAGUCGCAUUUCGAUACAUUCGACUCCAAUUCGGUUACAACUUGUACAGUAUCUCUCUUGAUACUACGAAACGAAACUGGAAAAAUCAAAUCGCUGAUCUCCAUGCUCUCUUUGAUACUAAGACCAAAAAUGUGCGAAUUGGCGACGUUCUACUUGAAAUGCUUCUUUCCGGAUCGACUGAUUCAGCUGGUGAAGCAUUUCUAGAGAGGGGACUCGGCACUGACGGACUGGAUGCUAUCAAAAACUUUGCUUCAAAGCACUUGCCAGAAGUAUGUCGUCUCGCUCGUGGUCAACUCGCUUCUGCUUCCCGAAACCUCUGCUUUCAGCGUUGUGAAUUUCAAACAGCUAUGAGUAGAUAUCUGACGUAUAUUCAAUAUGUUGUGAGGAACUUCAUUCCCGAUAAACAAGAAGCUAACAAGAUUGAAAAGAAAUUGUUCCAUUUAAAGGAUCUCAUUGAAGAAUUAAAGGUGAAAGACCAAGAGAAGAAUUUUGAUGAGCUGGCAUAUCUUGAUAAACUUGAAGAUGUCGCUCGACGAGAGAGGAAGAAGGUUGUAGGCAAGUUAAAACCCCCAUUCAAUUUUGACGCUUUAUCCGAUGAAAACGAUGAUGUUGCAUUGAAACUGGAUGAGGAUGAGAAGGUAGAGCCACAGGAAGAGCCGGGGCCGGUUCCGAUGGAUACAACACAACCAGCUGAAGAAGAAGAACAACCUCCAUGCGACUUGGAUAGAGUUGGAUCAUUUUUCGAGAAUGAAUUAUCUGAGAAGGCGUUAGAAGUUCUUCCAAAAUGUAAUGAAAAGCAUGAUAAAGUUCUCCAUGGGAGAGCAAAACGAAUGAAUUCGAAAGAAGUUCAGAAAAUAGGAAUUCUGAAGGUCCUAACUGAUUUGGCUGAUCUUCUUCGUUCUCCGUUAAAAUUGAAUUGUGAUGAGACUGGAAAUCCGAGAAAGCCAGAAGUGCUUUUCGUCUACGAACUGAACUCGGAACCAAAACAUCAAGGAUACAGUGAUAUUAAAAUCAGCGAUGUGACUCCGUCCUACUUCGAACAACACAAAUUCAAUGAGAUUUCUGGAUUGGGAAGAGCAAUUCAAGUUUCGGUAAUUGAGAGUAAAAGACUCAACUCUGUAGUUAUUGUUCCUAAUGAUGACGUCACUGUUGAGUUGGAAACUCAGUUGGAUGAACAUGUUGUAGCGAUGAGUCGUCAUUACUCAUUUGAGACUCUCGAUGUGCAUGUGAACUCAGAUUCUGCAGAGAAUCAACCACCAUCAUCUCCAGAAGAGGAUGCAAUGGAAAUUGAUGAGAACGAGUUGAGAAUUGAUGUGAAUGUAGAUCCAAUGCAGGCACAGUACGACACGCUCACAGAAUACACUCAGAUACAUCCACUUCGUCAUGGAGGACUGGUCAUUCUGGGAAAAUUCAAAUCCAACCAAGAAGGAACCGGUUCGCUCACUCGCAUGAUGAAAUCAGUAUCCUUUUAUCCUCAUCAAGUCAGCAAUCAAAAAGAUGUGUUCGCUGUAAAUGAUCAGAAUGAUGGAAAAACAGAAGUUUCAAUUGAAUUAUUGGUUAUUCAUCCAACAACUCAAUUGACUGCUUUUCUUCAUGAUGAAGGAGGAAAAAUCACCAUGGGUGAUUUGAAACCAGAAAUUCGAGUAGUCGAAGAAGAGGAAGAUGAUUCCAAAAAAGGGCAGAAGAAGACGUUCCGAGAGUAUCAACGACGUCGAGAACGUUAUCGUGAAGAUCAUGGAGUUCUAAAUGUAAAUGAUGUUCAAUAUGAUGUUCUUGUUCAAGAAGCAAUGGACAGUGGUCGCCACUUGACUGAUGAUGACGACGAUGAUGUAGACGACAACGAGUGA